UCAAAUUUGCUAGUACAUCUAACACUCCCCUCCUCCCCCCAGAUAUAUAUAUUUUCAUAUCAAUGACACCCAUCAUGAGUGAGAUUCUAACCUGCAUUUUUUUUGUAUCCCUUUCACCUAUGCAACCUUAAGCCCAUAGUGGGAAAUUUUUAAUUUGUGGUGCAUGUGGUAACUAACUUAUUUAAAAAAAAAAUUGUUUGUUUUUUUUACUCAUUUUGUAUUUUGUAUGAUGUACCCAACUGCUGUUCUAAUCUCCUUUAAAAGCCCUGCCAGUAAUACAUUCAUUAAAACAAACACACUACAUUUGACUAACUCAUUUACCUGCAGAAGCAUGACACAACCACCAAAGAACACAUCCCAUGCAGACAGAAACUCACUUUGUGGAAAAGACAGAACCAGUGAUAAUGAGGAUUUUGUUUUAGUGGACACAGCAAGAAACCUAUUCCUUGAAAACAAAAUCGGACUUUACUCUAUUUGUGGGAGCACCCCUUGACUCGACUGCAUUUUCAUAGAAAAAAACUGAGAUAUUGUAAUUCUGAUCACCAUGGAUCGCUUUAAGAUGAUAUUUCAGUACUUCCAGUCCAACUCAGAAUCAGUAAUGAAUGGAAUUUGUGGGAUCCUAGCACUGGCAAGUGUAAAAAUCUACAACUCCCUAGAUUUUAACUGCCCAUGUCUUCCCCGAUAUAACAUGAUGUACGGCAUGGGGAUUAUGUUUGUGCCUCCAAUUGCUCUCUUUCUGUGUGGCCUUAUGGUAAACAGGCAAUCGGUAAUAAUGAUUGAAGAAUGGCGCAGACCUCCUGGAAACCGGAAAAACGACUUUGCGAUUGUAAAGUACAUGUGCACCUCUGUGUUCAUACGAGCUAUGGUAGCUCCGGUGGUGUGGAUUUUGACUACACUGUUGGAUGGAAAUUGUUUUGUCUGUGCAUUUAGUGGCUCAGUAGACCCUGACAAAUUUCCAGGCUUUGCUAACAGUUCUUCACCAGAAUUACAGCACCUUCUGUACAAGGUGCCUUGUAAGGAAGACGUCCUAAUCAGGAACAACACUUCAAGGAAAGCAGUAUCAAGAUAUUUAAAAUGCUGGUCACAGGCUUUAGGAUGGGGCAUUCUGUUAGUUCUCAUAGUUCUGGCAUUUCUGGCUCGCUCUCUCAAGCCUUGCUUUGAUCAAACUGCCUUUCUACAAACACGAUACUGGAGCAACUACAUUGAUAUCGAACAAAAGAUUUUUGAUGAGACCUGCUGUAAACAUGCACGAGACUUUGCCCACAAAUGUAUCCUCCAUUUCUUUCAAAGCAUGCACAAUGAGAUGAAAAUAGCCAAUUUUACCAAGAAGUCAGAGGAUGAAGAAGACCACAUCCAUGGAAUUACUGACAGGGAGCAGGUUAACAAACUGUUAAAAUCGUGGUACCAGAGUAAACCUCCACUUUCUCUUAACUACCCAACUCAGAGACAACAUAUCAAAGGGAAAGGCAAUGGCUGCUGCUUGGAAGAUCAUAAACAGACAGAUGUGUAAAUACAGUUAGUACAUUAGCAGUUCUAGUGUGUGCAUAUGGAUUUGCACCACUACACCUAAAAUCCCAAGCCUUUAUUUCAUAAGGUAAAGUAGUGAGAUAUGCACAAAGGAGUAACCAGUGACAAGCAAAAUAAUCUUACAUUGUUUACUUGUGUGCCUUACUUGCUAAAAUAAAAUUGCUAUUUUGAUA